AUGAUUGUCCAGAAAACAUGGCCACAGUACGUCGCCAUACGCCUGCUUAUCGUUCUUAUGAAGGACUUGGGCCUUUUAUGUCUCACCUAUUUCUACGCCAUUUUCGCACUUGGGGGCGUGCCGGCGAUUGUACACCCAUUCUCCAUUGUCAUCGAAGUCAUUGGUGCUAUUGAGAUAUUCUUCUACCUUUUCUUCUUUUUACCCUACAAAUGGUAUCUUCAAUCCUUUAAGCCCUACCGGCCUCCACCGAUGAGCCGAUCACAGCGCGCCCAACUUUUCUACAAAGCAUUGAGCUUGGUUCCGGAUGGAGAGACUUUUGUGAGAAAGUGGAUGCUCAACGCCCAUUUGGAAGAUAUACGCCGAGAGAACCUCAAGGACUGGCUUCUUUGGGGGCUGUUCGAGCGCGACGGCACAGCAGAGCGGCCUACGAAAGACAUCGAUGACGAACUGGAAAGAUACAUCGACGAUGCCGAGGAGAAGUUUGGAAUAACUUUGAAGCCUGGAAGAGGGAAUUCUGAAGCACUGAGGUUGACUUUCGACCCGGUGAUCAUCAGACACCGCAGUCUCUUUUACUAUUUAGUCAUUGGCGCUCUCGACAACUUGAUGGCAGUCUACCUUUUGAUGCAAGGAUACCGAUACUACAGACAACCGUUCUCGACCUUCUUCAAGGUCUUCCCCGCCCGCUUCAUCAAUCUCCUCCCUUUCAAGCGGUCCGCAGCGGAAGGCAUGUCGUACUGGUAUCGCCCGCACAAGUCCAAGACACAGCGCCCGAUAGUAUUCAUUCAUGGCCUGGGAAUUGGCUUGGUCCCCUACAUGUUCUGGCUCCGAACCAUUCCCAAAGAUGUUGGAAUCCUGGCCGUCGAGAUGCUUCCAAUAGCCACCCGCGUCACGACAUACCCGUUGCAACCUACGCCUCAGUUAGCGGAGAUGAUUGCCAAAUGUGUUGCACAACAGCGUUCAAAACAGCCAGCUCCUGGAGUUGGCGAAAGGGGUGUUUGGGAUGAUUUCGUACUUAUCGGCAAUAGUUACGGGACCCUGAUUAUGCCGCAACUGCUGCAACGAGCCGACUUCGCGCCACGAGUUGCCGCUUGCGUCUUGAUAGACCCGGUGUCCAUGUUGCUUCAUCUCCCAGAUGUGGCCUAUAACUUCACGCGAAGAGAGCCAACUCCGUCGAUACGCGGACGGACCGGCCAUGGAAACGAAUGGGAGAUAUGGUGGGCGAGCGCCACGGACGCUGGUACGGCAUACACGCUCGCGCGGAGAUUCUGCUGGCGGGAGUCUCUGAUGUGGCGGGAAAUGCUCACUCCCAGUCAGCGCUGUGCGGAGACUGGGUAUUACGCUUCUGGUUCAUCGAACGAAAUCGCAAUCUUCGGGAAUGGCAUUCAACCGGGAAUGCGCAGCACUGUCAUUCUUGGAGGUGAAGAUUGUGUCACCACACCGAAGCCGGUCGCUAGUUAUGUUUACUCUGGCGACGUUGACUGGACGCUUGACGACAUUGAGACAUGGAAGCGAUAUGAGUGGAGCGGCAGAGAGGAGUUGGAGUUGAUGUAUCUGGAUGGGAAAGAUCAUGGCCAAGGGAUCAUGGUUCCUUUCCCUCAUAAGCCUAUUGCAAAGGUUAUUGAGGCGUACUGUCAGCGCGAUGACGGAUUUGUGGCGUUUGGGGAUAAGUAUAUUGGAGGACCCGAGGUUGAAGGGGGCUUUUUCUCAAGCAGCGCAUCUCUGAACAUGUUUCCGACGAGGCAGGGAGACCAAGUGGUGGAGAUGAAGGAAAUUUAG